AUGACAGUUGGCUCCCGAGAAGAUCUCUUUGCCAAUGCAAAGCCCAUUGAUGAUACGGAACGUUUGAUAGGAAGGGUCCUAGCGGAAUUUGAUGGCACCACCGUCUUGUGCCGUGUUUGCGGUGAUAAGGCCUCUGGCUUUCACUAUGGUGUUCACUCGUGUGAAGGUUGCAAGGGCUUUUUCCGUCGCUCCAUACAGCAAAAGAUCCAAUAUCGCCCCUGUACAAAAAAUCAACAGUGCAGCAUAUUGCGCAUCAAUCGCAAUCGCUGCCAAUAUUGUCGGCUGAAAAAAUGCAUUGCCGUCGGCAUGAGUCGAGAUGCUGUGCGAUUUGGUCGCGUGCCGAAACGUGAAAAGGCUCGCAUAUUGGCCGCCAUGCAACAAUCCACACAAAAUCGUGGCCAACAGCGUGCCUUGGCCUCGGAACUCGACGAUCAGCCGCGGCUAUUGUCGGCCGUAUUGAGAGCUCAUUUGGAUACCUGCGAGUUUACCAAAGAAAAGGUAGCCGCCAUGCGCCAAAGAGCCCGUGAAUGUCCUUCCUAUUCAAUGCCAACAUUAUUGGCCUGCCCACUCAAUCCCGCCCCUGAACUACAAUCCGAACAAGAAUUCUCCCAGCGUUUUGCCCAUGUCAUACGUGGUGUCAUUGAUUUCGCCGGCAUGAUUCCCGGUUUCCAGCUACUCUCGCAGGAUGACAAAUUCACCCUCCUCAAGGCUGGUCUCUUCGAUGCCCUGUUCGUACGCUUGAUCUGCAUGUUCGAUAAUUCCAUUAACAGCAUAAUCUGCCUUAAUGGCCAGGUAAUGCGUCGCGAUGCUAUCCAAAAUGGUGCCAAUGCCCGUUUCCUUGUCGAUUCCACAUUCAAUUUUGCGGAACGCAUGAAUUCCAUGAAUUUGACAGAUGCUGAAAUUGGCCUGUUCUGCGCCAUUGUCUUGAUCACACCCGAUCGACCGGGCUUGCGUAACAUUGAACUGAUCGAACGUAUGUACAAUCGCUUGAAGGGCUGCCUCCAGACCAUCAUCAAUCAAAAUCGUCCCGAUCAACCGGAUUUCAUGAGCAAGCUGCUCGAUACCAUGCCUGAUUUGCGUACCCUCAGCACCUUGCACACCGAGAAAUUGGUUGUAUUCCGUACCGAGCACAAAGAAUUGUUGCGUCAACAAAUGUGGUCCAUGGAUGAUGAUGCCCAACAGGUGUUGUCCAAGAGUCCCAAUGGCUGGGAUGAUCAUCGUAUGGAUGUGGAGGCCAAGAGUCCGUUGGGUUCGGUCUCGAGCACAGAGUCUGGGGAUUUGGAUUAUCAAAUUGCCUCAACCACAACGACGAGCAGUGGAGCUCCUCACCAUUUGGUAGGGGGACAUCAACAAACCUCUUCGUUGGCCUCCUCGGCCCCUCUAUUGGCUGCCACAUUGUCCGGCACCUGCCCUCUACGCAAUCGUGCCAAUUCCGGCUCAUCUGGUGACUCCACAAAUGAAUUGGACAUUGUCGGCUCGCAUGCCCAUCUCACACAAAAUGGUUUGACAAUCACACCCAUUGUAAGGGCACAUUCCCACCAACAGCUGCACCAUCAUCUGACCAGUGGUCCGGCCCAGCAUCGUUAUCGUAAAUUGGAUUCACCCACAGACUCGGGUAUUGAAUCGGGUAAUGAGAAAACAGAAUGUGGUGGUAAGACCGUCAGCUCCGGUGGUUCCUCCUCAUGCUCCAGUCCGCGUUCCAGUGUCGAUGAUGCUUUGGAUUGCAGUGAAAAUUCCGCAGCUGCAGCAGUGGCGGCAGCCGCCAGCAGUAGCCAGGUUACAGUGUCGGUGUCACCGGUUCGCUCACCGCAACCCAUGUCAGCGGCAGCCACCUCAACAUCGUCCACAUCUCCCUCCAAUAUGAUGGGUGGUGGUUCCGCGGCCACCUUGAAGCGUCAAAUUGUCGAUGAUAUGCCCGUGCUGAAAAGAGUAUUGCAGGCUCCUCCGCUAUAUGAUACAAAUUCCCUGAUGGAUGAGGCCUAUAAGCCGCACAAGAAAUUCCGCGCUCUACGGCAUCGGGAGUUUGAGGGAGCCGAGGCUGAUGCCACCAGUUCAACAAAUCCCGGUUCUGCAUCAUCAUCAUCUUCGAGCAUACCUGCCGCUGCCAGCAGUCCCCAAUUGACGGCGGGCGGUAACCAAAGUCCACCACCAUCUGCAGCUGCAACAACCUCCACCUCCUCCUCCGCCGCCGGCUCACAAAAUCAGGUGCUUAUGGUGCCACAGGCAACGCAUUCCCCCCAGGCGCCGCCCACAUCAUUUGUGGCCGCCAGCUCACCGCCAGCCAUUGUUGCUCAGCCGUCGCAUCAGAGCCAGCUGCAUAUGCAUCUGACCCGGCCCACACCCACCAAUUCGAACAGUGGUGCCCACCAUCAGCAGCAGCAGACCUCAUCGUUGUCCAGUACCCAUUCCGUGUUGGCCAAGUCGUUGAUGGCUGAGCCACGCAUGACGCCCGAACAAAUGAAACGUUCGGAUAUUAUCCAGAAUUAUAUUAUGAGGGAAUCGAGUUCGACGAAUUUAAUGGCUUGCUCACCACAUGGCCCUGGUAGUCGUAGCCCGGCUCCUGGUGUGAUGCAAGUGCAUGGUCUUUAUGGCAAUUCGCCCAGCAGUUCACCGAACUCCAAUUGCAAUUCGCCCUCAACCACCACGGUGACGGCCUUGGCCUCACCACCCGUUAAUGGGGCCGCCGGACGUUGGUCGGGACAUUCCGUGAUUACCACCACCACAAUAAAUCAACGCCAGCAAUCGGUUUCGCCCAGCAGCAAUGGUUCAUCAUCAUCCUCCACCUCAUCGAAUUCCUCCUCCGCCUCGUCGUCCUCCACAUCGUCCUCAUCGGGAUGCCAGUAUUUCCAAUCACCGCACUCCACCUCGGCUUCGGUGUCACCACCCAGGCCCUCACCCUCGGCCAUGAAUACACCACCACGUCUAUUGGAAUUGCAGGUGGACAUUGCCGAUUCUCAACAGCCCUUGAAUUUGUCGAAGAAAUCGCCCACACCGCCACCCAGUAAAUUGCAGGCUUUGGUGGCAGCUGCCACAGCGGCCCAGCGCUACCCCACAGUAUCGGCUGAUGUUACAGUGACGGCAACUGGUAGUGGGGUGGGGCCAGCAGUAGCUUCAGGUGUUGUAGCAACUAGUUCGCAGGCAACAAAGGUUAUGUUGGAAGCGUAA